CUCGCCCGCAGGCUCUCGCUGCACGGUGCCGCCUGCCAGGUCGCCCAGGAGAUCGCGGAGAAGAUCCAGGAGCGGAACCGGUACCAAAGGAACGGGGAGAGUUCAGCCAAGCUCAACGUGGUUAUCAGAUCGUCGUUGCAGAAUCUCAGAGAGAAGAUCGAUCAGCUGAAGGACUUGCUGCUUCGGGCUGUAUCAACACACCAAAUCACACAGCUGGAGGGAGACAGGAGGCAGAAUUUGGUGGAUGACCUUCUCACACGACAGAAACAACUUCAGGCAUCGUAUAAGAAUGAAGGCACAGAACCAGACGUGAUAAGAUCUAGCCUGAUGACGGGAGGGGUCAAACGAGGUGUAACCAACCCCUGGCUCUUGGAAGAAUCUGAGGAAACCAGAGGACUUGGCUUUGACGAUCUCAGGCAGCAGCAACGAAGGAUCAUAGAAGAGCAAGAUGCUGGACUCGAUGCUCUGUCUUCAAUCAUAUCCCGGCAAAAGCAAAUGGGGCAGGAAAUUGGGAAUGAGCUGGAUGAACAGAAUGAGAUCAUCGACGACCUCACUAACCUGGUGGAAAACACAGACGACAAACUUCGCAACCAGACGCGGCAUGUGAAGAUGGUGGACAAGAAAUCAACGUCCUGUGGUAAGAUCCUCCUCCUCCUCCUCCUCACACCUGCUGUACUCACAACUUCAGUAUUUGGCUUGAAAUUGCUCAUGCUGAGAUGUUGA